AUGGUUAAAAGGCAGCAACUGCACGGUCAGACACUGGGAGCGAGUAAGUUACCACGAGAGGCAGAACCGCACAGGCCUGAAGUGAUAUCCGCACCGGUCCACCAGUGUGUUCUCCGCUGUUCCGGUGAAGCAAACCCAGAUACCACCAUGGACUGCAGGGUCAUAGCUUCCGUUCUCAUCUGCCUGGCGUUUGUGUCCAUCACCACUACAGGCUUAGAGCUGCGUUGCAGCUGCAUUAAAAGACGCAGUGAGUUCAUUCCUCGCAAGCACAUCCAUCAGCUGGAGAUCAUCCCCGCAGGUGCACACUGCGAAAGGCCGGAAGUCAUUAUUACAAUGAAGGGAGGAAAACUCAAUAACAAGAUAUGCGUGGAUCCUGAAGCCAGAUGGGUGAAGACUUUGAUUCAUUCCUCAACGAGAAAGAUGGGACAGAAAAAAUAACAUUCAUCUUAGGACUGUUCGGCUUUCAACAUGGAAGUUCAUUAUUACAUGCUCAAUAUGGACUAUUUAUAAACAGCAUUAAUUGUAUGCUUUUAUACUAAAUAUCAUGAUGUUAAUGAAUAAAUCAGAAGUGUUCCAGUUCUCAGCUCCUUCAGCAUAGAAUCCAGAAAGAACUUAAUUUACUUAAGUUCUUAAAGUGAUGGAGGAAAGUGAUUUUUGUAAUUGUUUUGACCAUUGGUUGUACUAGAGACUACUCAUGUGUAACCAGAUUGUGAAACUUUGAACAUUGCUGUUUGUCUGCUUUUAUAUUAUGAUAAAUGUUGAAAUUUUGUUGUGUCUGUAAUUGACUGCUGCUUUCUUGGCCAGGUCUCUCUUGAAAAAAAGAUUUGUAAUCUCAAUGAGACUAACCUGGUUAAAUAAAGGUUAAAUAAAUAAAAUAAAUUUUUUAAAAAUUCCAUAACAGAUUAUAUAGUGUUGCUAUAUUUUGGUGUGCACUAUAUAAGCUAUGACUAAUUUUUAGUCUAAUUUCUACAAUGUCAAGGUAUGAAGGAAUUCUUUAUAUAUAAAAAUAAAUUUUUUUUAGGAGUUUUCUUUAUGUGAAAAGACAUGUUUGGUAAUGUGUUGGUGUAUUGGAUUCAUGUUUUAACUAGCUUUUAUUUAAAUAAUA